UCUGACCGUGAAUCUAAGUGUAGUUAGUUGCAUAUUUUGUGUGAAAAUUCAUUUUAUAAAGCUUUUUAAUUUAUAAUUAUGAAUACCGACAAGUAUGAAUGCAAAUUGGAUAGUGAUCUUGCUGUUAAAGCUCGAAAUGAACUUAGAGAAGAUGAAAAUCUACGAUCCCAAUCUCUCGAUCAGCUGAGGGAGUGGAUAUCGAAACAUCCGAAGAUUAAGAGAUGCCGAACAGAUGCAAAGUUCCUAAUGAGAUUCCUCAGAACAAAGAAAUUCUCAGUUCCAAACGCCUUGGAACUUCUUCAAAAUUACUUGCAAACUCGCAAGAAUCUUUCAUAUAUCUUUGAAUGUUUAGAUCCUCAAGAUCCCGAUAUUGAUCGCUUAAUCACCAAUGGGAUUAUAACAAUUCUCCCAGAGCCUGAUGCUUUCGGAUGUCCAGUUGUCCUUUUCCAAGCCGACAACUUCGAUCCCAAGAGGAGUACAGUUCCUCAUGCAAUGAGAUUGACUAAUUUGAUCUUUGAGAUUUUGAGUGAUGACGAAAGGUCACAAAUUUGCGGGAUAACACAAAUCUUCGACUGUUCCUAUAUUUCCUUGGAACUUUUGGGACUCUUUAAAGUGACACAUCUCAAAGAAUUUGCUCAGUGCUGGCAGACAACCUUUCCACUCCGUCAUCGAAUUAUUUACUUCGUUAAUAUGCCAACUUUUGCUAUCGCGCUCUAUAACAUCUUCAAAUCAUUUCUCAGCGAAAAACUCCGGAAUCGCCUUAAGGUCGUCGAUGGAUGGGAUAUUGUUAGAAAAGAUCUCGGCGAAUCUGUCUUGCCUAGGGAAUUUGGCGGGAAAAUUCCCAAUUCUGAUGUGUUUGAGGCCUUCAAAAAGCGCGCUUAUAAAUACCGUGAUGAAAUUCUAACACUCAAUGACUUUGACAUUGAAUCAUCGGAGAAUGAGGUGAAUUUUGGAAAUACACACGAUGCCGAUCUCGAUUCUGCAAUUGUUGGAAGCUUCAGGAAAAUUGAAGUUGAUUGAAGAAGGUUAUUAUGGACUGAAGUUCAAGGUAGUUUGACGAUACACAAAACUUUUAGAUAGGAGAUAUGUCCGAAAUAGUAAAUAUUUCCUCACUGACUGGAAGGCGCUCACAAAAUGUUUAUUCUUGCACGAAAUACGUGAUCCAGUUGCAGAAUUUUAAACAGAAUCUAAAAUAUGUUUCAC